UGGUUGAAAAACGAGUUUUAAUGACUCCAAUCUAAGUGUAUGUAAACUUCCGACUUCAACUGUAUAUGCAUUGUCAUUUGAUAUGAACACAACCAUAAAAUAAUCCUAAUAAAUUACAAAAUUGAAGAGGAAAUGGUUCUAGUGGCGCCCUAAAUUGCCCCUCUAUUACCACCAGAAGCGUCCAUUAUCAUGCUGCAUACAUCAAGCAUUACUGUAGUAGGCCUGCAUGGAGACUGUUAAGUCCCAAAUGGCACCCUAUUCCCUUUAUAGUGCACUACUUUUGACCAGGGCCCAUACGACCAGAGCCCAUAAAAAGUAGUGCACUAUAAAGAGAAUAGGGUGCUGUUUGUGACAGAGCCGCUGACUGCCAGGAGCUUUCAUGUGGUUGAUCAAUACAGUUUAGCUAUUCACAGCACUGAGGUAAGAGGCAGCAAAACACACAACCACUGGACAAGGGUUAUGUCCCAAAUGACACCCUGUUCCCUAUGUAGUGCACUACCUUUGAUCAGAGCCCUAUACAGUGGGUCCUGGUCAAAAGAAGUGCUCUAUAAAGGGUAUAGGGUGUCUUUUGGGACACUGACAAGGAGUGUCUCAGUCUUAGAGCAUCAGUUUGCAAGUUUGCCAAGUCUCACAAUACAGCGAAAAAAGGGUGGGUUUCUGUCUUCAAAUGCAGAGAACUGAGCAGAGCAUGUCAGAACUAGAGAGUUCCAUGAUCGCCAUCAUCCAUGUGUUCCAUAAAUACUCUGGCCACAAGUGCAAGCUGAAGAAGGCAGAGCUCAAAGAUCUUAUCAAUAAUGAGAUGAGUCACUUCAUCAUCAAAAUACAAGAGAAUCAGACUCUGACUGAGAUGUUUGCAGACCUGGACCAGAACAGAGACCUGGAGAUUGACUUCCAAGAGUUCAUCGUGUUGAUCGCCAUGGUGACAUCAGCAUGCCACGACCUCUUCAGCCCAGAUCACAACCAUUAGUGGCACAAUAUGGCGUUCCAUAAAUUCCAGGGUCCUCUUCCAGGCAUCUUCUUGGGCGGCAGCGUGGGGUGCCAGGUGCCCUCCCCAGAGAGUGAUCACUAUAGGAGAAAAAAUACAUAACAGGACAGCAUGGGAAAUAACCUGGAAAAAUGAAUCACAUUGUCGUCCUCUCAUUGAUAUACGUUCAUUAAAAUGUCUAUUACCCUUC